AUGAGGUCUAGGAGUAGUCUUCAAGAAUGGCAAGAGAUUUUGCCCCCCAUAGUGCGUGGUCAUAGUGUUAAUAAUAUCUCCUCUCAGCGCCAAAUAACAACUAAAAUUAUAACAAAAUUUUUCUUUCUCUCGCAUUUUGACUUCAUUACCCCCUUCAUCCUUCUUUUUCUCUCUGUUCUUUCCAUCGCUCUUUCAUUUCAUUCAUUCAUUGUUUUUAUUCUUUCUUUCCUUUUUUCUCUUUCUUUCUUUCUCUCUUUCUAUUAUUUCCUUCGCUAUCUUUUUAUUCUUUCUUUCUUUAAUUCUUUCUUUCUUUCUUUCUUUUCCUACGUUCUUUCUUUUUUUUUUCUUUCAUUUUCUCAUUUUCUAUUCUUUCCUUCUUUAUUUCUUUCUUUCCUUCUUUCUAUUCUUUCCUUCUUUCUUUCCUUCUUUCUAUUCUUUCUUUCUUUCUAUUCUUUCUUUCUUUCGUUCUAUUCUUUCUUUCUAUUCUUUCUUUCUCUCCUCUUUCUUUCUUUCUAUUCUUUCUUUCUCUCCUCUUUCUUUCUUUCUAUUCUUUCUUUCUUUCCUUCUUUCUAUUCUUUCUCUCUUUCUAUUCUUUCUUUCUUUCUAUUCUUUCUUUCUUUCUUUCCUUCUUUCUAUUCUUUCUUUCUUUCUUUCUUUCUUUCUUUCUUUCUAUUCUUUCUUUCUUUCUUUCUAUUCGUUCUUUCUUUCUUUCUAUUCUUUCUUUCUUUCUAUUCUUUCUUUCUUUCUUUCCUUCUUUCUAUUCUUUCUUUCUAUUCUUUCUUUCUUUCUUUCUAUUCUUUCUUUCUUUCUUUCCUUCUUUCUAUUCUUUCUUUCUUUCUUUCUUUCUUUCUAUUCUUUCUUUGUUUCUUUCUUUCUAUUCGUUCUUUCUAUUCUUUAUUUCUUUCGUUCUAUUCUUCCUUUCUUUCUAUUAUUUCUUUCUUUCUAUUCUUUCUUUCUUUCCUUCUUUCUAUUCUUUCUUUCUAUUCUUUCUUUCUUUCUUUCCUUCUUUCUAUUCUUUCUUUCUUUCUUUCUUUCUAUUCUUUCUUUCUUUCUUUCCUUCUUUCUAGUUUUUCUAUACUUUUCUGGCUUUCCAUCCUCCGUUCUUUUCUUGUGAUAAGUUUCUUUUUAUCGUUCUUUCUUUGCUUUUCAUCAUUCCAUCCCAUUUUUCUUCCUUGUUACACACUUUCUUUCUUCAUUUCUUUCUUUCUUUCUUUCUUUCUUUCUUUCUUUCUUUCUUUCUUUCUUUCUUCUAUAUCAUUAUUCCUUCCUUUUCUCUUUCCUUUGACUUUCUUUCACGCUUUUUCAUUUCUUUCUUUUUACUUUCUUCAUUGGCAUAUUUCUUCAUAUCUUUCUUUAUUUUCUUACUUUCUUUUUUCUUUCUUUUCUUUCUUUCUUUCGUUCUGUUUGAAUCCAUCUCUUUUAUCUGUCCAUUAUCCAUCUAUUCAUCCAUCUAUCUAUCUAUCUCAUUCUAUUCCUAUCAAUCUAUCUAUAUAUCUAUCUAUCUAUAUAUCUCAUUCUAUUCAUAUCUAUCUAUCUAUCUAUCUAUCUAUCUAUGUUUGUCUGUUAAAAUCUAUCUAUCUAUCUAUCUAUCUAUCUAUCUAUCUAUCUCAUUCUAUUCCUAUCAAUCUAUCUAUCUCAUUCUAUUCAUAUCUAUCUAUCUAUCUAUCUAUCUAUCUAUCUAUCUAUCUAUCUAUCUAUGUUUGUCUGUUAAAAUCUAUCUAUCUAUCUAUCUAUCUAUCUAUCUAUCUAUGUUUAUCUAUUCAUCUAUCUAUCUAUCUAUCUAUCUAUCUAUCUAUCUAUCUUACCUUGUUGGUAUCUAUCUAUCUAUCUAUAUGUCUAUCUGUCCCAAUCUGUUCAUUAUCUAUCUAUCUAUCUAUCUAUCUAUCUAUACACUAUCUACCUAAGUCAAUUCCUAUCUAUCUAUCUAUCUAUCUAUCUAUCUAUCUAUCUAUCUAUCUAUCUAUCUAUCUAUCUCAGUCUGUUCAUUAUCUAUCUAUCUAUCUAUCUCAGUCUUUUCAUAUCUAUCUAUCUAUCUAUCUAUCUAUCUAUCUAUCUCAGUCUGUUCAUAUCUAUCUAUCUAUCUAUCUAUCUAUCUAUCUAUCUAUCUAUCUAUCUCAAUCUAUUCAUAUCUAUCUGCCAAGUCUGUCCAUUCCAUCUAUUCAUCUAUCCAUUCAUCCACAUCUAUCUAUCUCAGUCUGUUCAUAUCUAUCUAUCUAUCUAUCUAUCUAUCUAUCUAUCUAUCUCAAUCUAUUCAUAUCUAUCUGCCAAGUCUGUUCUUAUCUAUCUAUCUAUCUAUCUAUCUAUCUAUCUAUCUAUCUAUCUAUCUAUCUAUCUAUCUCAGUCUGUUCUAUUCUAUUCUCUCUCUCUAUUUAUCUGUCUAAGUCUAUUCAUAUCUAUUUCAUUAUUCUAUUCUAUCUAUCUAUCUAUCUAUCUAUCUAUCUAUCUAUCUAUCUAUCGCAUUUUGUCAAUAUCUAUCUAUCUCAUUUUGUCAAUAUCUAUCUAUCUAUCUAUCUAUCUAUCUAUCUAUCUAAUCACCUCAAUGUUAUCUCUCCCUCUGUCCGUCUAUCCGUAUAUAUCUACUUAUCUCUCUCGCUAGUCUCAGUCUAUUUGUUACCAUCUCACGCUUAUCAUUUCUUUUUUCUUUUUUCUUUCUUUCUUUCUUUCUUUCUUUCUUUCUUUCUUUUUAUAUUUCCAUGUAUAAUUUUCCCUAAUCACAGUCCUUUUUCUUCUUUUCUUUUCUAA